AGGAACAGGCUGGAUGGUUGAUCAGUAUCUUGGUUAGAAAACAGCUGUGGUGGGAAUAUCCAGCAGCAUUAUCGUGUUAUUUCUCAGUUUGCAUGUUGAAUGAGUGAAACACAACGGCAGCAAAAUGUAUGGAGUGAAAUGCAUCACUUUUGCACUGUGGAUUAAUAUUCUUAGUGUAACAACAGGAGAAAAAAAAUGUAUACUGGAAUUAAGCCCAAAAGAGCCAGUGAUUCAUGUUGGUCAGGAUUUGGAGCUGACCUGUCGAGUGACUGAUUGUCCGGAUUGUCCGAAUAAUAAUAAUGUGACCUUCACCUGGAGAACAACACAGGAUAAAUUUCACGGUGGAGAGAUUAAAAAUGAGCAGACUGUUUCCCGCAUGCUGAUCAGGAACAUCUCUGUCAAACACAGUGAAAGAGUUGUGUGCAAAGCUACUUGUCAGCAAACUCAAGAGAAAACGUCAAAGAUACAAAUGUUCUCAUUUCCAGAAGAUCCCAUACUGCCCAAAAUAAAGAGUUUGAUAGCAAAACAAGAACAGAUGCUGAUCUGCACAGUCCUCAACAUUUACCCUUUGGAAAAGUUUCAGAUUGAGUGGCUUCGUGGAGAUAAGUCCAUCCAUAAGGAAGAACCUGAUGUAAAAACAUUUCAUGACCAAGUUCAGAAUUAUUCCUCUGUGUUCAAUUACACACCUUCUGUCGAUGAUCUUGAAAAGAAUAUUAGUUGCAAGGCAACACUGAAUCUCAACAGUCAGACGAGAACAACAACUGCUGAAUAUGGUCCAGGGCAUAUAACAGUUUCUAGUAAUAAUACCUCGGUAAACCUUGGCGAACGUUUGGAGAUAACAUGUCAUGCAGACGGAAACCCCAAACCAACGAUCUUGUGGCGGAAACUAGGGGAGACUCAGCCUGAAGUCCAGAGUCAGAACCACAAGCUGAUAAUAAAUAAUGCUUCCUGGUCUCAGGCAGGUUUCUAUCAGUGUAAUGCCAGCAAUGGUGUGGGAAGCCAGCAAAUGAAAAUAAAAGUCAUGGUUGUAGGUCCUCCAAACAUCCCCAAAAUCCAGUUAAGCCAUACAGAAGAGCCCAAAGAAGGAGAGAGCGUAAGCAUAGUCUGUUCUUCAGAGGGCAGGAGUGCAGAACUGACACUGUACAGACGGUCCCAGAUCAUUGUGACAGGAGAUCUGAACGAAUCAGCUGUGCGUUUAAACAUCUCAUCAAUCCAAAUAACAGAUGCAGGGAUUUACACCUGUGAAGCAAAAAAUUCCUUUGGCAUUAAGAGAAGCACAAUCAACAUUACAGUCCAAGCAGCACAUGACAUCUGGAGCAAGCCAGACCUGCCUGUGGCCAUACUGCCGGCUGUAGGGUCAGUGUCGCUGUUGACCGCUGCUGUACUGCUGAUCCGACGCUGCAGAAAGAAAGCCAAGAGCGACUCCAGUAACAUCUCACUCGACUAAACUUUACAUUUUUGAAAUGUCUCUUAUGCUCAUGAAGGAUACACCUAUUUGAUUAAAAAAGAAAGUAAAAAUAGCAAUAUCAAAAAAGUACUUUUUUUAAAUAUAUUUUAAAAAUGUAAUUUUAUUUCUACGGUGCUGAAUUCUCAGCAUCAUUAUGCCAGUCUUCAGUGCAGGGGCGGCGUUUCCGUAUGGCAGUUGCCAUACCCUAUAGCCCAGUCAGGUGCUGUGAAAAAUUAUCCAAACUUGAGUCUUAUAAUUCGUUAUUAUUAUUUUAAAUCAGAGGGGUUUUUUUUUUGGCCAAGUGUAUUAAACAACAAGAAAAACUAAACGCCCAUAUAGCUACAAUCAAUAACGUUAUAUAACCUGUAAAAGUUGAUGAAAGCAUAUAAUUCACUUGCUGCCUCAGAUAACAGUUACAGCCGUAAAACACUCCAUCAUUCUCUGGUCAAAAACAUUGUUAACCCCAUUUGAG